AUGAAGGUACCCUAUGAUUGUUCUUGGACUGUGAGGAAAAUUCUUAAAUUAAGAGGUCUAGGCCAAAAUUUUGUUAAACAUCAUAUAGGCAAUGGUUUGGGUACUUCUCUAUGGUAUGACAACUGGCAUCCAUGGGGGCCUCUGUAUAAGAUUCUGGAUGACAGAACAGUGUCUAGGUUGGGUACAGCUGCGUCUGCGACAGUUAGCUCAGUAAUCUCUAAUGGUAUUUGGCAUUGGCCUAGGCCAAGAAACAAUCUGAUUCAUCAAAUUCAGAUGGCUAUUCCUGGGAAUCUGGUUCCUCAAAUUGAGAUGGAAGAUGAGGUUCGGUGGCAUAUAUCACCUAAUGGUCAGUAUACAACUAAGCAUACUUGGGAAGCUAUAAGAUCCAAAAGUGAGAAAGUCCCUUGGGCAUCCCUAGUUUGGUUCCCUCGGAAUGUACCAAAAUGGGCAUUCAUUUUGUGGCUUGCCUGUCUAAAAAGGCUUUCCACUAAGGACAGAUUACGGAAGUGGGGAAUGGAGGUUGACCCUACUUGUGUGCUCUGUUCCCAGGCUGAUGAGUCUUUGCAGCACCUGUUCUUUCAUUGCUGUUAUUCAAGCAACAUUUGGGAAGUCAUUUUAUACAGAUUUCAGAUUCAAAGGAAGGCUGAUCUAUGGAAUUCUGAAGUUAGUUGGGCAAUUCAUUUCUGCAGGGGUAAUUCUUUCCAAUCUCUCCUUUUCAAAUUAGUCUUCGCUGCAGCAGUUUAUCACAUUUGGAUGGAGAGAAAUUCCCGUAUCUUUGGUGGGAGAUCUAGAUGUGCACCUGAAGUGUUGGAUAGUAUAGAUGAGUACAUUAGAUCUCACGUUUAUUCUUGGAAAGUGAUUCCUAGUUCAGUGGAGAACCAAAGCAUGUGUGAGCUUUGGAAACUUCCGCGUAGAAUUUUUGGGCCUGGUAUUCCUAGAGUUUUGUAG